AUGAAGGAGGCCAGCUUGCGUGCUAAACAUUCGCAUGGACACAAGGAUGAUGAAAUGCCAACAACUUCAAGCCACAUGCCAUUGUUGGGUGAAAAGACAUAUCUCCAGAAAGUGUUUGCCAAGCCCCAUCUAAUUCAGACCUCCAUAAAUGUCAUACAAGUGAUUUUGUCCUAUCUACUGAUGUUGGUCUUCAUGACCUAUAAUUAUUGGUUGUGUAUGGCCGUGGUAUUGGGUCUUGCCGUGGGUUAUCUAUUCUUCGGAUGGAUCAAACAGGAUGUCUACGAUAAUGAAUAUUGUUGUGAAUUUCAGAAUUUGCGUGUGAUUACAAUCGAAAAUGAUCUACAAGAAGUUGCAAAUAUGGCAGGACCGGCCGGUCUACAACGAUAA